AUCGGCAGAUUGGUUAUUGGACAGAAUGGUAUCUUAUCCACACCUGCUGUUUCAUGUAUCAUCCGAAAGAUCAAAGCAGCUGGUGGAAUUAUUCUAACAGCUAGCCACAGUCCUGGGGGACCAGGAGGAGAGUUUGGAGUCAAGUUUGAGGUUGCCAAUGGAGGACCAUCUCCAGAUACAGUUUCAGAUAAAAUCUAUCAAAUCAGCAAAACCUUGGAGGAAUAUGCCAUUUGUCCUGAUCUCAGAGUUGAUUUAUCACGCCUAGGAAGACAAGAAUUUGAUCUGGAGAACAAAUUCAAACCUUUCCGAGUGGAAAUUGUGGAUUCUGUGGAUAUCUACCUCAAUCUCCUUCGAAGUAUUUUUGACUUCAGUGCGAUCAGAAAUUUGCUGACCGGACCCAACCAGAUUAAAAUAAGGAUUGAUGCCAUGAAUGGAGUUAUGGGACCUUAUGUGAGAAGAAUCCUGUGUGAUGAAUUGGGAGCUCCUGCAAAUUCUGCAAUAAACUGUGUUCCUCUGGAGGAUUUUGGUGGACAGCCUCCUGAUCCCAAUUUAACGUAUGCAACUGCCUUGCUGGAGGCUAUGAGAGGUGGCGAGUAUGGAUUUGGAGCUGCUUUUGAUGCUGAUGGAGACCGCUACAUGAUCCUUGGCCAAAAUGGUUUCUUUGUUAAUGCGUCAGAUUCAUUGGCUAUAAUUGCUGCCAAUCUGUCUUGCAUUCCAUACUUUUGUCAGAUGGGUGUCCGAGGAUUUGGCCGGAGCAUGCCUACCAGCACAGCCCUGGACAAAGUGGCAAAAGUAAUGAAGGUUCCUGUGUAUGAGACACCAACAGGAUGGAGAUAUUUUUCCAAUCUUAUGGACUCUGGACGUUGCUCGCUUUGUGGAGAGGAAAGCUUUGGCACUGGGUCUGACCACCUUCGAGAGAAAGAUGGACUGUGGGCUGUGCUAGUUUGGCUUUCAAUCCUAGCAGCUCGAAAGCAGAGCGUGGAGGAGAUUGUCAGGGAUCACUGGACAAAAUUUGGCCGGCACUACUACUGCAGGUUUGAUUAUGAAGCACUGGAACCCAGAACAGCAUAUUUCAUAAUGAGAGACCUGGAAGCUUUGAUCACUGACAAAUCGUUCAACCAUCAGCAGUUUGCUGUGGGUAACAGUAUCUACAGCGUGGAAAGAACGGACAGCUUUGAGUACAUAGAUCCUGUGGAUGGCACUGUGACCAAAAGACAGGGGCUGCGGAUUAUUUUUUCAGAUGCUUCCAGGCUUAUCUUCAGAAUGAGUGCUUCUAGCCAUGUGAGAGCUACUCUCCGGAUCUAUGCAGAGAGUUAUGAAAAGGAUCCUAGCCAACACAAUAAGGAACCACAG